AUGCUCGUUUUACGAUUAUUUUUAGCGAUCGUUGCAGUGAUAGGAGGAGUUAAAGCUUCACAUUUUUCAUCCUACGAAGGUCAUCAUGGAUUCUCCGGUCAUCCGAAGCUCAUUUCGCAAUCGGUCCAACUAAAUGAAGUACCCACGAAAAUUAUCAAGGUUACAAAAACAGUAGCUAUCAAGGUUCCUGUUCCAUAUCCGGUUAAGGUACCCCAUCAUAUACCAGUUCCAGUGCCGGUAAACCAUCCCGUGGCUGUUCCGGUUCCGCAGAUAGUGAAAGUUCCCGAACACGUGCCAGUAGAGGUGGAGAAGCCGGUUCCAGUUGAGGUCCAUCAACAAGUGCCAUUAGUGGUUUCGAAGCCGGUGCCUUUACCACAACCAGUACCCGUACCACAUCCAGUAACUGUUCCAAAGCCAGUAUUUUAUCCUGUACCACAUCCAAUACCUUAUCAUCAAUCAGAAGGACAUUCUGGAGGAUAUUCUGGAGGAUAUUCUGGAGGAUAUUCCGGAGGAGAGGAUGAUCAUGUUGGUCAUGAAUCUAAAUACACUACUUAUACCGUUCAAUCACCUGGACAUUACGAACAAGACCAUUUCCAACCAUCUCAACCAGAUUUUUCAUCGGAACAUCAUUAA